GCAGAAGGACAUGCGUGUGGAUUAGAUGCCAGGAGUUUGGCUGCCAGAGAAAGACGUUAUUGUUGUGACUUUCUCCUCCGCCCCUCGCUCCCACCCACCCCUCUCCGAGAGAAUCUCUGAGGAACGGAACCGGAGAAAACACACACGGCUUGGAGGAGGGUCAUUUGCAUCCGAACCGGGCUGCAGUGAGGAGGGAGAGGAAGAGGGGGAGGAAGAGUCCUGGAAGUUAAAACACACACAGGCAGGAGGAAGGUCAGGUGGAAACAGGCAACUGUCUAGACCAUGAAGGGGCUUGCCAGACUGAUUUUCCCACUCAUUCUUGUGCUGAUUUGUGAGGUGAAUGGACAGAGGCGCAAGCCUGGAAGAAAGCGUGCUACUCCUCCACCCUCUGAACCAGUUGAACCGACAGAAUUGCCUCCGCCUCUGCCACCUGGACCUCCCUCAGUUUUCCCAGACUGCCCUAGAGAAUGUUUCUGCCCUCCAGAUUUCCCUUCAGCCAUUUACUGUGAUAGCCGCAACCUGAGAAAAGUGCCUAUCUUCCCACCCAGGGCCCAUUAUAUCUACCUGCAGAAUAACUUCAUUGAUGAGCUUCCUGAAGAGUCCUUCAAGAAUGCCACAGAGCUGAGGUGGAUUAAUCUGGAUAACAACCGCAUCGCGAAGGUGAACAAGAAGGUGCUGGAUAGGUUGGAAAGCCUUAUGUUCCUGUACAUGGAGAAGAAUCAUCUUAGGGAAGUACCCAACAAUUUGCCUCCCAAUCUGGAACAACUUCGGCUGAGCAGGAACCGGAUCUCCAAGAUCCCUGCUGGUGUAUUCAACAACCUGAAUCACCUCAUCCUCUUAGACCUUCAUCACAAUGAGCUGAAUGAUGGAAACUUCAACAAAAAUACUUUCAAGGGGCUCAAGAACCUCAUGCAGCUCAACUUAGCUCACAACAGGCUACACAAGAUGCCACCUUCGGUUCCCAAUGCAAUCCACCAGCUCUUCCUAGACGAGAAUCAAAUCGAAGACAUCCCCAACAACUACUUCAAAGAUUUCCCCAACUUGGCUUUCAUUAGGCUUAACUACAAUAAGCUCUCCGACAAAGGACUGCCCAAGAAUUCCUUCAACCUCACUAACUUGCUGGUGUUGCACUUGGCAUACAACAACCUCACUAACAUCCCCUACAUCAACUCCAGGCUGGAGCACCUCUACUUGAAUAACAAUUCCAUUGAAAAAAUCAACGGGACCCAGAUUUGCCCCAAUUCUAUGGUCGCUUUCCAUGAACCAUCCUCAGAUUUCGAAAACGUGCCCCGUCUCCGCUAUCUGCGCCUGGAUGGCAACCAUCUGAAGCCACCAAUCCCCUUGGACCUGAUGAUGUGCUUCCGACUCUUGCAAUCUGUCGUGUUCUAAGCCUCGCAGCAAUCGCCACUCCUCUGGGACUUUGGCUUUGCACAGUGACUUGAUUUCAGUCUAUGUUAGACAUGGGGAAUAUAUGUUAUCAUCCCUACCCUGACCUUGCUGCCCCAUUGCCUUCUCUUAACUGCUCCAUUCUGCUGCUGCUGCCUCCUCCUUCUGUUGCAGGAAACUCUGCAGGUCUUGUUUUACACAGCAUCUUACAGAGUCUCCUAGGAGAGUUCCACAGAUUCCUCUUUGAUAUGUGUAUUAUCCACAGAAGAGCUAGAAGUUACAGUAAUACUGGCUUCUUAAAUACCAACCCCUUAAUUUGUCUCAAAAUUAGAGUAGGGAACACACCCAGAAGCAGCAUUUCUGUUGUACUCUUGCUGUCUAACACUUCAGAUUGAGUUAUUUGCACCCACCCACCCCUAGCCAACAACAUCAAGCUUAUAAAGGAAGUUGGAUUUGUUAUUAUGAUCAAGACCAAAAAGAAGAAGAAGAGGAAGCAAUUUCAUUUAAAUAGGUAAAAUUUCAAAGUGCCAUUUGUGUAAUAAGGAUGCUGGAUCAAAAGGAAAGGAAUAUUCAAAUUUAUUUAUAGAUGACGGGCACUCAUAAAUACCAUGAUAAUAGGAACACCAUACUGUGGCAUGUGCUAAUGAAUAGAUAAAAGUGCAUAGCAGAUUGUAUUCUGUGGAGCCAUGUGAAGUGCAUUGUGUGUACAAUGAAGAGUGACAGAGAACAGAUAUCCCCCCCCCCCCGUUUAUGCUCUUAUGGGAUGAUACGGGUGAUGGUAGCAACAUACGGUCAGAAUGUACCUGAGUUGCCAAACAUAAUGUGAUCACCGGGAUUUGGAUGGUGGUACUUUAACAGCGAGGGACCCAGGUGGCGCUGUGGUUAAACCACUGAGCCUAGGGCUUGCUGAUCAGAAGGUUGGCGGUUUGAAUCCCUGUGACGGGGUGAGCUCCCGUUGUUUGGUCCCAGCUCCUGCCAACCUAGCAGUUUGAAAGCACGUCAAAAUGCAAGUAGAUAAAUAGGAACCGCUACAGCGGGAAGGUAAACAGCGUUUCCAUGUGCUGCUCUGGUUUGCCAGAAGCGGCUUUGUCAUGCUGGCCACAUGACCUGGAAGCUAUACGCCGGCUCCCUCGGCCAAUAAUGCGAGAUGAGCGCGCAACCCCAGAGUCGGUCACAACUGGACCUAAUUGUCAGGGGUCCCUUUACCUUUACCUUUACUUUAACAGCACCAUUUUAAAAUGAGAAUAAUUGCUUGAUUAAUUACUCAUUCUCUUCCCCACAGUAUAAUUCCACUUCAGUUCGCUACUGUGACACAAGUGGUACUAGAAAGAAAUUGCCAAAAGAUAGAACGGUGUACCUUGAAAGGACAAUCCCAUUGCCAUGAUGAUUUGAAGGAUAUAGCCAUACGUUCUGGGUCGUGUGUAUGUGUUUGUAUGUGGGAGUCUUUUUGCAUACGAGGCUGCUUAUCAGAACGCUCUGUCGCCUCACUAACUUUCACACAAUUUCCCUUUGCAAUGUCUAUACAGGACAGAUGUCACAAAGGAAAUUGCACCUCCCCAUCUUUCAGCCGAUGCCCCCUUGAAGCUCCUAAGCAUAAUGUUGCUUUCCCUUUCAGUAAAAUUACUCAAAGAGGAGGAGCAACAGCAUGCCAAAAUACAGUUGAGAGAAGCCAUGGGCAUGUGGAACUGAGCUGGCAUGGACUAUUCUCUUGGAAUAG